AUGGACACAAUCGUGAACCUCUCCACCAAGGAGUGUUCAUGCGGUGAGUUCCACUCUGAUCUACUCCCUUACAGGCAUGCCAUGGCGGCAAUAAGUAAGUGCAAACGUGCAGCCACUGAAUUUUGCUUGGACUAUUACAAGACUCGGUCUUGGGUGGAGGGAUAUGCAUUUCCCAUUCACCCGGUUGGGCAUCCCAGUGAGUGGGACAUCCCCGAUGACGUUCAACAAAAUGUCGUUUGGCCACCAAGUUGGCGAGGUCAAACAGGAAGACCUAAGAGGAAAAGGAUUCCAUUAGUUGGGGAAGGCAGCGGACAACAUAGAUGUUCACAAUGCAAGAGCUAUGGUCAUAAUAGACAAAAUUUUCGAACUUCGUUUGCAUCUCUAUCGACAAACCGGGAAACAUCAUCUGCUCAGCCGAUAGCUCUACGACGUUGA